AUGGUCGAAGAGACACAGAAACCACUUCUGGCGGAGGCCAAGAAGGCAGGCUCCAAUGGGAAGAAGGGUGGCUCUGGCACACCAAUGUCCACCGCGCUGAAUCUCGCGGCCUCUUCGAUGGGGACCGGCUUGCUGACGCUGCCUCAUGCCUUUGCGUGCUGUGGUCCUGUGCUGUGCACUCUCCUGCUUGCGAUCCUUGCGCUGACCACGGAUGUCACCCUAGUCCUACUCAUACGGCUUGGGCGGCACUUGGGUGUCUCAACCUUCGGCUCCCUGAUGCAGCGACUCUUCGGCAAGAACGGCUCAGCUUGCUUCCAGCUGAUGUUGAUCUCCGUCUUGUUCUUGGCCCUCACAGCCAUGCAGCGUGUGGUCCUGGACCUUCUGCCCAUCUUCAUGGAAGCCGUGUGCGGCCUCAAAGUGUCCCCCCUGGGGCUCAGUAUGAUCGUAAACGUCUUCGUGCUCUCGGCCUGCUUCUCUGGCAGCUACCAUGCCUUGAGGCGGGCAUAG